AUGGCCCCUCUCUCCAAGACCACCACUCUGGCCUCCGGCAAGGAGAUGCCCCUCGUCGGCUUCGGCCUGUGGAAGGUCCCCAAGGAGACCGCCGCCGAGACCGUCUACAACGCCAUCAAGGUCGGCUACAGGCUCUUUGACGGCGCCUACGACUAUCAGAACGAGAAGGAGGCCGGCGAGGGUAUCCGCCGUGCCAUCGACGAGGGCCUCGUCAAGCGCGAGGACAUCUUCAUCACCACCAAGCUCUGGAACAACUACCACCGCAAGGAGUAUGCCGUUGACAUGGCCAAGAAGCAGAAUGAGACUUGGGGCCUUGGCUAUAUCGAUCUCUUCCUCAUCCACUUCCCCUGCGCCUUGAAGUAUAUUGACCCCGAGGUCCGCAGGUAUCCCGCUUGGUGGAUGGAUGACCAGGGCACGGUCGAGGAGGACAAGGUCCCCAUCCGCGAGACCUGGGAGUCUCUCGAGCAGCUCGUCGACGAGGGCGUCGCCAAGAGCAUCGGCGUCUCCAACUUCCAGGCGCAGUCGCUCUACGACCUCAUGAGCUACGCCCGCCACCCCGUCUCCUCCCUCCAGAUCGAGCACCACCCUUACCUCGUGCAGCCCGGCCUGAUCGAGAUGGCCCAGCUCCACAAGAUUGCCGUCACCGCCUACUCCUCCUUUGGCCCUCAGUCUUUCCUCGAGCUCCCCGAGACCUUUUCCAAGAAGGCCAAGAAGAUUCCCACGCUGUUCGAGCACGACGCCGUCAAGGCUCUCGCCACCAAAUACAACGUCACCGCCUCGCAGGUUCUUCUCCGCUGGGCCACCCAGCGCAACAUUGCCGUCAUUCCCAAGUCCAACAACAAGGACAGGCUCCAGCAGAACCUCGAUGUCUUUGGCUUCGACAUGACCUCCGAGGAGCUCGAGUCUAUCGCCGCCCUGGACAUUGGUCUUCGCUUCAACGACCCCGGCUUCUAUCUCCCCAACCACCCUCUCCACAUCUUCUCUUAA